AUGUUUUCUGAAACUGCAUCUGAAGACAAUAGCUUUUUUGAGUCCUCUAAUAAUACUCUUGUAAGCACAUACACAGAUAAUGAUAAAGAGUUAGUUAGUAUUAAUAAUACACAGUUCGAUGAAAAUGUCUUAGGUUCUGAAUUCAAAAAUUACACUAGCAGCUUGUCUUUAAUCACUACUUCUAUUAAGAUUGAAGUAGGCACUCAGUUUAUCUCUAUGCCAGUUGCUAUUCAUUAUAUAGAGCAAUAUGCUUUUCAAAAUCAUUUCUCUGUUUAUAAACACAAAUGUGAAACUUUCACAAAUAGCAUUUGUAGAAAAAGAGUUCUUAAUCGAUAUGAUACAACAAUGAUUAAAAAUCUUCUUCAACCAAAGUAUCUAAAACAUGUUUUCUUUACUCAAAAUCUUGGAAAUGCUAUUCAGAAAAUAAAACGAGAAAAAGAGAUAAAGUUAAGCAAUACUGCUUCUCUGUUAACAAAACUUUUAGAACUUAAAUUUAAUGAUCUAGCAUG